GUUACUAGAACUAACAGGCAUUUUCAUUUAAACACUAAGAAUAAAUCUGUAAAGAAAAACAAAGACCGCUUGCUGGCACAAUAAUUUUGUCCAGUCAUGAAAAGAAUGUGCGGAUCUGUUUCAACACUCUCAACCAGCAGAGGAAUAGUUGUGUGUUUAAGUGGGCCAACCUGCAUAAUAAUAUUUAUUUUUUGGGGAGUCUAUUCAAGAUGAUAGCUGGUAAAUUUGUAGAGUUCACUGGAAGCUGCAUUUUCAGCCCCCCAGCCACACAGACCAUCUGAUCCCGCCUCAGAGGAAGACGAGCCUGUAGAGAGCUCAGAGCUCAGGAGGAGGGACCAUAUUGUAUAAUAUAGAAAGGACGGACGCUGAAAGUGGAACUCAGUUCUUCUGACUCCAUUUGAUGUCGACAGAACUCUGAAGCCUGAGCGUGACAGACUGAACCAGAACAUGAGUGUGUGUUUGGAGGAAGAGAAGGGCAGCACAGAGUCUCCUGAUCCCAGCUGUCUGUCUAUGAGGAGUGAGCGGUCCAAAGAUCCACCUCUAUUCUUCAGGCAUGAACCUGGACCCUCCAACACAGAAUUUCAGUUCAGCAGACCGAGAGCUGAGUCUCCUGAUCCCAGCUGUCUGUCUAUGAGGAGUGAGCGGUCCAAAGAUCCACCUCUAUUCUUCAGUCAUGAACCUGGACCCUCCAACACAGAAACUAGACCAAUAUCAGGACCACAGGAAGCCGGCCAGACCAGCAGUGAAACCACAGAUCGUGGUCUACAGAGGGUUUUACAUGAACAUAAGACCAGUCUGAGGAGGAGAUGUGAGCAUGUGAUUGAAGGAAGUGAGGAAAGAGGAAGUAGAACCCUCCUCAACAUGAUCUACACUGAGCUCUACAUCACAGAGGGACACAGUGAAGAGGUGAACACCCAACAUGAGGUGAGACAGCUAGAGACCACCUCCAAGAUGGAGACCCUCCAGGACACUCCCAUCAAGUGCCAGGACAUCUUCAAAGCCUUCCUUGGUCAACAGAAACCCAUCAGAGUGGUUCUGACAAACGGCGUCGCUGGUGUUGGAAAAACCUUCUCAGUGCAGAAGUUCACUCUGGACUGGGCAGAGGGCUCAGAGAACCAAGACCUCAGUCUGGUGGUUCUGCUUUCAUUCAGGGAGCUGAACUUGAUCAGAGAUGAGAGCUACAGUCUCCUCAAACUGCUCCAUGAUUUCCAUCCAACAUUACAGAAGGUCCCAGCAGGGACGCUGGCUGUCUGUAAACUUGUGUUCAUCCUUGACGGCCUGGACGAAAGCAAACUGUCUCUGGAUUUCAACAACACUCAGGUUGUGUCUGACGUCACACAGAGGUCAUCCAUAAACGUGCUGUUAACAAACCUCAUCCAGGGGAAUCUGCUUCCCUCAGCUCUCGUCUGGAUCACUUCUCGACCUGCAGCAGCCAAUCAGAUCCCUCGUUCACGUGUUGACAAGGUCACAGAAGUCCGAGGCUUCACUGACGACCAGAAGGAGGAGUACUUCAGGAGGAGGUUCAGUGAUGAAGAUCUGACCAGCAGAAUCAUCUCACACAUCAAGACCUCCAGGAGCCUCCACAUCAUGUGUCAGAUCCCUGUCUUCUGCUGGAUCACUGCUACGGUUCUGGAGCACAUGAUGAGCACAGAGCAGAGAGGAGAGCUGCCCAAGACCCUGACUGACAUGUACUCACACUUCCUGCUGGUCCAGACCAAGAUGAAGAGGAAGAAGUACGCUGAGGGUCAUGAGACAAGUCCUCAGGAGCUGAUGGAGGCUGACAGGGAAGUUCUCCUGCAGCUGGGCAGGCUGGCGUUUGAACAUCUGGAGGAAGGAAACAUCAUGUUCUACCAAGAAGACCUGGAGCGCUGUGGUCUAGAUGUCACAGAGGCCUCGGUGUACUCAGGAGUUUGUACAGAGAUCUUCAAAAGAGAGCAUGUGGUCUUCCAGAAAACAGUCUACUGCUUUGUUCAUCUGAGCAUUCAGGAGUUUCUGGCUGCAGUCUACAUGUUCCACUGUUUCACAACCAGGAACAAAGAUGUGGUGGAGGAUUUCUUGAAGGACAACAUACACACUGACCCAAGACCCAAGUCAGUACGUGAAUGGUUUUUGAGUUUUCUUUGUACCAGUUUAAGCCUUGGUCCAUCUCUGGAUGACUUCCUGAAGAGGGUCAUGGAGAAAUCCCUCCUCAGUAGAAAUGGCCACCUGGACCUGUUUGUCCGUUUCCUUCAUGGACUCUCCCUGAAGUCCAACCAGAGACUCUUAGGGGGUCUGCUUGGUCACACAGGCAACAGUCCAGAGAUGAUCCAAAGAGUCAUCAACAACCUGAAGAAGAUGAACAGUGAUGAGAUCUCUCCUGACAGAAGCAUCAACAUCUUCCACUGUCUGAUGGAGAUGAACGACCUCUCAGUCCAUCAGGAGAUCCAAGAGUUCUUGAAGUCAGAGAACAGAUCAGAGGAACUCUCUGAGAUCCAGUGCUCUGCUCUGGCCUACAUGCUGCAGAUGUCAGAGGAAGUUCUGGAUGAGUUGGACCUAAAGAAGUACAAAACAUCAGAGCAGGGAAGACUGAGACUGAUUCCAGCUGUGAGGAACUGCAGGAUGGCGAGAUUUUCUUACUGUGGACUCUCAGACGCUCACUGUGAAGUUGUGGCCUCAGCUCUGAAGUCCAACCCCUCCUAUCUGAGAGAGCUGUACCUGAACUACAACGAGCUGCAGGACUCAGGAGUGGAGCGUCUGUCUGCUGGUCUGAAGAGUCCAAACUGUAAACUGGAGAGUCUGAGGAUGAUUGGCUGCAGUUUGUCAGAGAUCAGCUGUGCUUCCCUGGCCUCAGCUCUGAAGUCCAACCCCUCCCAUCUGAGAGAGCUGUACAUGAGUAACAAUAUGCUGCAGGAUUCAGGAGUGGAGCAGCUGUGUGAUUUUCUGCCAAACUGCAAACUGGAGACUCUGAUCUUGAUGAAGUGCAGUUUGUCAGAGAUCAGCUGUGCUUCUCUGGCCUCAGCUCUGAAGUCCAACCCCUCCUAUCUGAGAAAGCUGGACCUAAGUUACAACCAGCUGCAGGAUUCAGGAGUGGAGCAGCUGUGUGAUUUUUUGCAGAGUCCAAACUGCAGACUGGAAACUCUACACUUGAGGAGCUGCAGUUUGACAAAGAUCAGCUGUGCUUCGCUGGCCUCAGCUCUGAAGUCCAACCUCUCCCAUCUGAGGAAGCUGGACCUCAGUAAAAACAACAUGAAGGGUUCAGAUGUGGAGCUGCUGCGGGAUCUUGAGAAGAGUCCAAACUACAGUCUGGAGGAUCUGAGCUGGAGGUGAAAUCAGUCAGAGUGAUCAGAGAGAGAAUGGUCUUCCCCCUGCUGGUCAGAGAGGUGGAAGCAGCAGCAGCUUGGAUAUGGUGAGUCUCUGACUGAGCCGUGUUACUGACAGACUGACAGACCAAUCACAACAGGUGGAGGUGACUCUCAGGGCUGCGGUCUGAACUGCUCUGAGACCAACUCCACUCUCAGACUCAGGACCUGGACCUCAGAUAUCUUCUUCCACUGACUCUGAACUUAAAUGACCUCCACAGGUUUGUUUUGUGGAGAACAACAAGAAAAAUGAACACACUGAUUGGAUCUGUCGUUUUGCCCAUGCUGCAGCACCACCCUGUGGGGAUUAGAAUAGUGCAGUGGAUUUAUCAGCUCAUGUUCCUCCAGUAGAAGUAUAUACCACAUGUGUGAGUUGAACUGUCUGAAGUUCUUGUUCUAACUACAAGUUGUUUUCUUGUAUUAAUAGAUAAACAAAGUGAAACAUGUCAUCAAAAUAACAAAGUGUGGAUCCAGUGGAGGCUGUGUUCUUUUUCAAAUGAAGGCAAUAAAUGCCAAAUCUAUCUGUGUUUGUGUUUCAUGUUCAGAUGGGUUUGUUUUCACUGCUUCUUUGGAUUGUUCCUCUUUUUUCAAAAUAACCACCUCCUGGAUUAAAAUGACCACAGUCUCUUCAUCAUCUGCUUCACUUGGCUUCUGUAGUCCAGGACAGUCUGAAGAGACUCGAAGGGGACUUGAGUCUAUCUGUUGUAUUCAUAUGACAUCUCUCCUUUACUCCAUUAAAGAGGCGCUUUAACUCCACCAUAUUGAUUCAAUAGAUGAUCCACAUUUCUUGAGGUCUCUUUGAAUCUUUGAAAAUGUUUGUAUAUCUGCUCUCAGACAGAAGAAUUGAUCUGUGCUGAUGUGAAUGUGUGUGUCUCUUGAUAACUGAGGACAAUAAUGUAUCUAUAAUCAAUAUUUGAAGUGAUUGACUGAUCUCAUUAGAAUCAGUGUUAAAGUUUCACUCCUUCCAAACAGUCUUUAACAUCAGGGCAAAGUUCAUCAGAGUAACAGCUGUCCACUGAUGAAAUAUCACAGUCAGGAGUUUUGUUUUUUAUGAAGCGUGCACUUUUAUUUUCUGCUCUUUUCUUUUGAAAUCAAAAUGUUUGUAUCUACUGAAAUUAAUGUUUGGUCUUUUCUAUUUUCUUGUGAAGCUAUUUGUGACCUCUGCUCUAGAAAUGCCGCAACGGUCUGAGGAACCGUCUGGGAUUUUGUAAUGUAAAUAAUAUUCUUUGUAUAAAAAAUACAAACCUGUCACUCCAUGA